AUGCCCCAUGGCAAUCACACCUCCACGUCACUGCGUCGCUCCGCCCUCAGUUUCUUGGUAUAUGCGAGCGUAGUCUGCAUGGUGAAUGCAAAUCAUUCGGCGAUCAAGGCGAUAGUGCAGAGUAUGCAUUUCUUCAAGUUCCCGACGGGAGUGGACCUGGAGGGCCUGGCACUGCUGGCCUACACUGCGUGGUUCGUCACUAUGUUCGCGGCUUUCUUUGCAUAUUGGAUUACGCGAGCAACACCGAUAGGGUUCGGAGUAUCGACUCGUUUCUCUCGAAUGGCUGCUGGUGAGGACACCAUAGAGAGCCCUUGGGGGGCCUUGGCAGAACAGAGCGCAUUGACGGUCAUGGCAUUCGACUUCCUUUCCCUCCUCUCAGCCUUUCAAUGGGGUAGCGUCUUCAUGGGCUCUUUCGUACUGCUCGUCGGCUCCGGGGCUAUUCGUUUUCCACUCAUUUACGUUAUAGGGUGCACCGUCUACGCCACAGCGGUGUUAGGAGGAGUGUGUUGGUUCUGUCGUGCUUACAUCCCUAGCGAUGCUGAGAAGGCUAUGUACGAUCAGUCUGGGCUGCCGUUCCACGAUGAGGAGAUGACCAUGCGUCGAGCCGACGAUGUUCCUCCAAGUGGUAUGGAAUAG